GCUGGACUCCAUUUAGGAAACUAUCAACUGACCAGGAGGGUGGAAGAACAUCCACACAGCAGGAAACAUGUUCAAAGUAGAUCUUGCAGAACAAGCGACAAAGCUGGCAGGGAACACUGUACAGGAUAAAGUUGAUUCAGCAGGUCAGGGUAUCCAGCAAGUAGCGAGCCAGGUGACAGAAGCUGGUCAGAAAGUGGUUGAUGAAGUCUGCAGAGGGGCACAAGAUGCUGGAGAAAAGGCUACACAAUGUGUAACAAACCAGAUAAAUACCUUUGGUAAAAGCUUUGGUCAGAGUGAAGAAAAGAAGAAUGUUCCAAUCUAAAUCCUUUUCUGAUUCCUUCUGUACAUUUAAUAGAUAUAGUAAAAUGCUCAAGAUCUUCA